GCCUCCUCUGCCGCCAUGGCGCCUGUGAAAAAGCUUGUGGCGAAGGGGGGCAAAAAAAAGAAGCAGGUUUUGAAGUUCACCCUUGACUGCACUCACCCUGUAGAAGAUGGAAUCAUGGCUGCCAAUUUUGAGCAGUUCCUCCAGGAGAGGAUCAAGGUGAACGGGAAAGCUGGUAACCUUGGCGGAGGGGUUGUGACCAUCGAGCGAAGCAAGAGCAAGAUCACUGUCACUUCCGAGGUGCCUUUCUCCAAAAGGUAUUUGAAAUAUCUCACCAAAAAAUAUUUGAAGAAGAACAACCUCCGAGACUGGCUGCGCGUCGUCGCCAACAGCAAGGAGAGCUAUGAGCUGCGCUACUUCCAGAUCAACCAGGACGAGGAGGAGGAGGAGGACGAGGAUUAAGACACAUCGGUCUGCCAUGUUUUGUAUUAAUUCAUAAAUAAAAUUUAGGAACAAAACCCGGUGGUUUAUCCUUGCAUCUCUGCAGUGUGGGUUGGACAGGGUUGGAAAUGACAGGACUGGGGUUUAACUGGGCUGCUGCUCGCUUGUACAUAGACAAUUUUCUCUGCUCAGAAAUGUCAGUUCUCCAGUCGUGAUGUCCAAACAGAAGAGCCAGGCUCAGGGGCUGCAUCUGACACUGAGCAAGUGGACUAGAGGGACGGUCGUGAACUCUGACCAGCCUGAGUCUUACAGAACCUGGCGGUUGGUUGUUUUAUCUGGUGCCUGUCACAAAGGAAGGUUUGAGAUACAGUGUGGUGCUCCUCAGAAGCAAACAGGUGAUUUCUUUAUGUGAUUUCCUCCCCUCCAGGAAAAUGGCAGCCAGUAAGACAGGUUUCAGGGUCUCCAGGUUGGAACACAAGUUACUCACAAUUGUGUGUACUAACCUUCUUCCUUCCUAUUGAAAUAAGAGGGGGUCUUUCAGUAUUACUGCUGCAUAUUCUGCCUUUUAUUAAAGAAUCUGUAAGCACGCUGAGCAUUUACGCGUUUAGGUGGCUCUGUAUGGUAUCUGUGAGUCAGGACAAGGACUUGUGCAAAUCUUUGCCAGGAGCUGUUUGUCUAGCCUCCAGCAGAGGGCGAGGAGGACAGCUUCCACAUGUUCCCAGUAGGGGGAGCCCUUCCAUGCCCAAGAUUCAGGAGGGAACACCAGUACUGGUGAAGGAGGGUGUGCUGUCACAACUGGACUUUGACAGAAGUAGUCCCAGGCCGCAGUCCAGUAGUAGAACUGACUGAUGUGCUCCAGGUUUGAUCCGCAUCACUGGAGGAAUCAGUCUAAGCUGUGUGAACCUGCAGGGUCCUGGGCAUGGAGGCACUGGGGUUUUAUCAAGGGUUACCUUGGAAGAGUUCUCAACACAUAGGGUGCUCCUCUGGUCAGAAGUUGUGCAGAAGCAUCUGCUUGCUUUCUAACCAUAGUAUGCAAUGCUUUAAGGGCUCGCUCACAGCCGGUGGCCACACUCGAGGCCUGGACACCAAAUGUCCGAGGUCCUCAAAUUUAAGCUGUUGAGGCUUUUUGAGCCCCGUGUGGCAAAGGCUCCGGUGUUUUCUAUUUCUAUGCAAAUUUCUUUAAGCAGAACUGUUACUGACUCUCCUCUGUCCUUGGAGGAGGAGGCCUUUCCUCCCAACUUCAGGUGCAGCCCCUCGUGAUUAGCGUCUUAACAUUUGUGACUUGGGUUUGCUGAUCUCCUUUGUUUCGUUGGUGUACCCCGUGGUGGUUUUUAGUUUGGCUGUAAAUCAUUAACCCUGGGUUGGUUAGCAUAUGCUUCUAAAAAAAAAAAAUGGUCCCAGAUUUUGAAACUUGUAAUAAAAUGGAAACUCGAUGGUUUUUAUGCCUUUCUAACUCUUGUAUCUGAAUGUUGAUCACUUUUUGUAUUAAAGUGGCUGACACAUGGCUACUGUCA